GGUCUACAAUCCCAUAACCAGCAAUUGUCAAUGGGCAAAUUUAGAUGGUCUGAUUACAUGAUGACACGACCCGACAUCUAUGACAAAAUGAUUAGCCGCGACUGGACCAUUUCGCCAUCGGACCUCUUGAUCUUUCGACUAGACCCUGACUAGUGAGCACGCAAUACUGGGGUCACUUUCUACGAGAAAAUUGUACAAUUGCCGCCGCUGUUAAUAAGGUCUCGUCGCUCUGUCGCCGAUGACCCGAAACAUUACUUGACCUCUCCCUCCCCAGAGGCAACUCUUUACUCUCCCCAGACAAUUAAUUCGCAGUCACCAUGGGGUCCAUUACGACUGCUGGAGAGGCUGUGGCCCGAAUCGCCCAUUUGGCCUCCGAUGUGGUUGUGUCCGUCGUUCCUUCCCUCGCCACGGAGUCUGAGUUCUCAGAGGCUCUGCGCACACUCCAGAAAGACAAUGCGCCUAGCGUUGUCGCAAAGGAGCGAGUAGAGGUACUUGCAGUCCGCCAGAACGCGGACCCCCUCCUCUCAGUCUUCCAGCCCAUCCGCGCGGGCAAGCUCACCAGCGUGACGACCACGUCCUCGAUCCUCGUCAAGUCGAUACCCCACCUCUACAAACUCGCACAGUACCCUGUCGUCCUUCACGUGUCGGUACAGCCCGCCGGCUUCCCAGACUUUUCCGACAUCACGUCCAUCAGGCAGUCUGGCUUUACAUUCAUUCAGUCCGAGACCCUGCAGGAGGCGCAGGAUCUCGCCUUGACUGCACAUGCUCUGGCCAUCAAGUCGGGCAAGGGUGUUAUCCACUUCUUCGACUCUGGGGCAUCUGCUUUCAAGAAGGCCAUCGAGCAGGAGGAUGUGGAAUUGGUUCGCAACGUCCUGGACUCGGACGCUGUGGCAACUUUCCACAACACCACAUCAGGAGAGACGACUCUGUAUGCAGACGAUGGCAGGAGCGCCACCUUGUCAUUCGCUCGCAGCCAGGCUUUGAACGCCGACAGUGCCUCGGCCGCUCCUACGAGCUCCUCGGAGCCAGCAAAGUCACAACCGGCAUCGGAGAGGAACAGCCAGCGAGCAGAUUCCUCUGCUGGUUCAUCACAGCGUGACACCAGCACCAGUGGUGCGUCUGUGUCUUCGGCGACUACGGUGGAUUCAUUAGUCUCCAAGCCUGUUUCGUCCGAGGACAUCUAUCGGUUCGCCACACAGAUCUGGGCGACGAUCAAGGACGUCACUGGCCGAGAAUACGAUGCAUUCGCCUACACCGGUACGGGCAAGGAGGAAGCUGCCAUCUUUUUGUUUGGUGCUGAUACGGGUCUCUUCGCCACCGAGCUCGACACUGUGGAUGAAUCAGAGACGUACGCCAAUACCGCUAUCAUCACAGCCAGGCUAUACCGACCAUGGUUGGGCGCCUCACUCGCCCCGUUGCUCCCUCAGUCACUCAAGAAGAUUGCUGUCCUCGAGCAAGUUCGUCGCAAGACGACCAAAUGGGGACCUGUGCUUCUAGAUCUGUUGAUGUCGUUGAAGUCGAGUGGAAGCUCUCCUAUGGUUGUUGGUUAUCAACUCGGCUAUAUUACCGAGAAGACUGUACAACAGGCGCUGCGAGGAGUAUUCCAGAACCUUACAAGCGAAACGCCUGUUCAGAACCUACAGGUUGGCAACCUUGAUGGACCGGAGCCCCAGCCCACGAAGCUUGAGCAACCCACAUUGGAGAAUGCUUACACCAAGAUCCUAGAUCAGGUAUUUGGUGACAAACUUCACAUCGCCAACCAGCUUGGCUCGGAUAACGCUGGCGUCUCCAAUGACAUUGCUUCAAGCCCAGAAUAUGGGUUUGGAUCUCUCGUGGCCCGAAAGGAACACCGAAAGCGAUUCAUCGAUGAAGCUGCCGACGCAUCGAAGAGCAACGACUUCACCACAAAGGCGCCUCAGGAAUGGCUCUCCAAGUGGGCACUGAGUGCGAACGACACAGACAAGGCAAACGAACUUGCACCUGACGUCAUCGCACGUUUGAGCAACGAUGGUUCCGCUGCUGCCACUCAGCUAUUGUCCUCGAAGAAGCUGUUCUACAAAGAGUCACCAUGGCUGGUUGGAUCGGAUGCUUGGGCCUACGACCUCGGAAACUCUGGUGUCCAUCAUGUGCUGGCUUCUGGCGAGAAUGUCAACAUGUUGAUUGUCGAUUCCACACCCUACUCGGAACGUGCCGCAGCCGACGCUGCCAGGCGGAAGAAGGACAUUGGUCUUUACGCCAUGAACUUCGGUAAUGCAUAUGUGGCCUCUGUUGCCGUAUACAGCUCCUACACUCAGGUUCUAGAAGCCAUGAUCGAGGCCGACAAGUUCGACGGCCCUUCCAUCGUCCUUGCUUACUUGCCCUACGAGAAGGAGAGCGAUUCGCCUUUGGCUGUCCUGCAAGAGACAAAGAAGGCUGUUGACCUUGGUUACUGGCCGCUCUACCGCUGGGACCCCAAGGCCGAGGAGAAGAGCGAGGCGAACUUCAAGCUUGAUUCCCCAAGGAUCAAGAAGGAGUUAGAAGAGUUCCUUGCUCGCGACAACUACUUGUCUCAGGUCAUGAAGAGGCAUCCUGAGUUCUCUUCAAAUCUUUCGGGAUCUUACGGAACCGAGGUCAGGCAAUUGCAGAAGCGAAAGGCCAAGGAUGCGUACAGCAAGCUUCUUGAAGGCCUUCAAGGUGAUCCUGUGACAAUCCUGUUUGCUUCUGACAACGGAAACGCGGAGACCCUCGCGAAGCGUCUGGGCAACCGAGGCAAGGCAAGAGGUUUGAAGACUAUUGUCAUGGCUAUGGAUGAUUUCCCCAUGGAGGACCUGCCCAACGAGCAGAACGUUGUCCUGUUCAGCAGUGUGGCCGGUCAGGGAGAGUUCCCUCAGAACGGCAGGACAUUCUGGGAAACCGUCAAGGAUUCGACUGACCUGGAUCUGGCGACAGUCAACUUCGCGGUCUUCGGUCUUGGCGACAGCCACUACUGGCCCCGUAAGGAAGACAAGAUCUACUACAACAAGCCCGCCAAGGAUCUUCAUGCGCGACUCCUUACCCUUGGAGGCAAGCCUUUGGUAGAAUGUGGUCUUGGAGACGAUCAAGACCCAGAUGCUUAUCAGACGGCCUAUGGCGAGUGGGAACCAGAGCUCUGGCAAAAGCUCGGUGUUGCCAACGUUGAGGGUCUACCUGAGGAGCCAGCACCGAUUACGAACGAGGAUAUGAAGGCUGCCUCGAACUUCCUCCGUGGUACCAUUGAGGAAGGCUUGGCUGAUGUUUCGACUGGUGCUAUCUCAGCGAGUGACCAGCAGCUCACCAAGUUUCACGGCACAUACAUGCAAGACGACCGCGAUCUCCGUGACGAGCGUAAGGCGCAGGGUCUCGAGCCAGCAUACUCCUUCAUGAUUCGAUGCCGACUGGCGGGAGGUAUCGCCACCCCCCAGCAAUGGCUACAGAUGGACGAAAUCAGCACCAAGCUCGGUAACGAGACCAUGAAGUUGACGACCCGACAAACGUUCCAGUUCCACGGCAUCGUCAAGGGCAAGCUCAAGCCAGCAAUGCAAGCUAUCAACAAGUCCUUGAUGACUACCAUCGCUGCUUGCGGUGACGUCAACCGAAACGUCAUGUGCAGUUCUCUCCCGACGCAAUCCAAGUACCAUGCGCAGGUUCACGCCGUGUCCCAGAAAAUCAGUGACCACCUGCUACCUUCGACAACUGCUUAUCACGAGAUUUGGCUCGAGGAUGAUGAGACGAAGGAGAAGCGAAAGGUGUCCGGUGAGGCCCUACAGGACCACGAGCCCUUGUACGGCCCUCUCUACCUUCCCCGCAAGUUCAAGAUUACCAUCGCCAUCCCACCACACAACGACACCGAUGUCUACGCUCACGACAUUGGUCUGAUCGCCAUCAAGGGUGCCGACGGCAAUCUUGAGGGCUUCAACCUCCUUGCCGGUGGCGGUAUGGGUGUGACGCACAACAACAAGAAGACCUACCCGCGAACUGGAUCUAUGUUCGGCUACGUACCUGCUGAAGAUGUUCACAUUGCGUGCGAGAAGAUCAUGCUUGUGCAACGUGACCACGGUGACCGCAAGAACAGGAAGCAUGCUCGUCUAAAGUACACUAUUGACGACAUGGGUGUCGAUGUGUUCCGUGGCAAGGUCGAAGAGCUUUGGGGCCAGCGAUUUGCCGACCCCAAGUCGUUCAAGUUCGACAGCAACGUUGACACGUUCGGCUGGCAGAAGGAUGAGGACGGUCUCAACCACUUCACCUUGUUCAUCGAGAACGGCCGUAUCGAGGAUACAGCUGAGUUCCCAAUGAAGACUGGUCUCAUCGAAGUAGCCAAAGCGCACAAGGGCGAGUUCAGAUUGACUGGCAAUCAACACUUGAUCCUCUCCAAUGUUGCGGAUGAGGACUUGCCUGCAAUGAAGGAGCUCCUGAAGAAGUGGAAGCUCGAUAACGUCAACUUCUCUGGUAUGAGGUUGUCCAGCUCUGCCUGCGUUGCCUUCCCCACCUGCGGUCUGGCCAUGGCCGAGUCCGAACGUUACCUCCCUGUCCUCAUCUCCAAACUCGAAUCCACACUCGAGGAAUCUGGUCUGCGACAAGACAGUAUCGUCAUGCGUAUGACGGGUUGCCCUAACGGAUGCGCUCGGCCUUGGCUUGCCGAGGUUGCCUUCGUUGGCAAGGCAUACGGCGCGUAUAACAUGUACCUUGGUGGAGGCUACCACGGCCAACGGUUGAACAAGCUCUACAGGAGUUCCAUCAAGGAAGAGGAAAUUCUGGAGAUUAUGCGUCCGAUGAUCAAGCAAUAUGCCAAGGAGAGGAAUGAUGGCGAGCACUUUGGCGAUUUCGUCAUCAGGAAGGGCUACAUCAACGAGACAACGCAUGGCAUGAACUUCCACGAGAACACUGGGGAAGAGGAGUCUGAUGGCGAAUAGAUGUUGGGCGAAGACAUGUGGAGAAAUGACUGAUGUGCUCAUGAGAUCGUGUUGGGUUCCUUGUACGGCGUUUCCGGACAUUUGACGGCGUUGUUGGAAAAUAGGAGCAUCCCGGUUUAGUAGAUAUUCCUUUCCAUCGUAUUGUAGCAGGAGCAAUCCAUGUUUAUUUCAGUUCAAGCUUUUUGUCGUCUAGUGCUACGCGGGAUUUGAUCACAUGUCGGUGUAGUACAAUA